AUGUUACGUGGAUGCAGAUGGGUGGCUGGUGAUGGAAGCAAUAUCAGUGUCAUGGGAAGUCCUUGGAUUCGUGGCCAGCAAGAGAAAUGGAUACAUUCACCACAACAACAAUCAACCUAUAACAUAUAUGUGAAUGACUUAUUGGUGGAAGGAGAGAAGAAAUGGAAUGUUGCAAAGAUACAAUCAUUGUUUUCUCCUGAUAUGGCUGAAGCUAUCAUGGAUGUACCCUUAUUUCCCAUGAUUAAUAAUGAUAAAUUAAUUUGGGACGGAGACAAGAAUGGUGUGUACACUGUGCGUGUGGGUUACAAGUUGGUUAUGACGGAACUGUUAAAGAGAGAUAGCAGCUAUGUGAAUGAUUUUAUUUUUGAUGUAUGUAGCACAGAAAAUAGUUUUAUUGCAGGUCGAGCAAUCAUGCUUAUGUGGUGUAUUUGGCAAAAUAGAAAUGAUAUGGUUUGGAAUAAUCACACAAUUGAUGCUUAUCAACUAGGACAACAAGCCUUUAGCAUGUGGAAGGAUUGGAAUGCAUCAGGUGAGUUUUUGAAGGCACAAACUAAAUGGAUAAAUGCCAAGCUAUCCACCAUUGAAGGAGAAGGAAUGGCUUUCCUAGAAGCAAUUUCAUUUGCUGUGCAAAAUGGAUGGGAUAAGAUCAUAUUUGAAAGUGAUUCACAAAUAUUGGUUGAAAGUAUUCAUGCUAAUCAAGCGGGUGUGUCUGAGUUUAGUUAUAUCACUAAUAGAAUAAGAGCUAGUUUAUCUUGUAUUAACAACUUUGAGGUAAAGUUCGUUCGGCGACAAGUGAAUAUGGUUGCUCACUCACUUGCGAGGGCAGCCAUUUCUUGGGCUAGUCACCAUGUAUUGGAUAUGAGUCCUCCUUGUAUUGAUUCCAUGUUGAUUAAUGAGAAAAGUUAA